GGCGACACGGUAGACCUGUCCGACACCGAUGAAGAAGGAGAGGAAAACAACAUGAUAGUGACCGAACCUGGAAACAUACAGCUGUCCAUCUCAUGGCAGUCAGGCCUCGCUUCAAGAUCAGGAACAACUCAGGAUCUUGACUCUGAGAUGCAGGUGGAUCAAGUCCCCGACGGAACAGACAGAGUUGCUUUAUUGGUGGCGCUGUCCAAUGGAAACGUUAUAGCACCAACAGACCACAACCGUGGAUCUACAACUAUGGAGGUGGAAAGUUCUCGUCCGGCUGCGGUUCCUCCACCAGACUACUGCCCUGUUACAGUGAGCAGCAUCCAACAUGGCUGGGCAUUAAGUGACCACAGACUGUAUUGUCAGCCUGGCACCUGGGAGAAAGACCAGAUGGAUGAAACGAUGCACGAGAAUCGGUCAGACAACACAGAUGGAACGAUGCAGCGUCAAGAGAGUCUGGAGCAGCUUACUGAUACCAUCCAUGGUAAGAUGUGGUUUAGGGUUCACGGUGCGAACCCAUGCCUGAGCAUGAAUAUAUUCAUCACCCUCUCCAGAUGGACUAAGAAAGUCGACUUGUUCUCCAAGUGGCUGUUGCUAAUUCCCAUCCAUUUAGAAAUCCACUGGUCCCUCGUCACGGUCACCAUGGCGACCAAAACCAUCAGCUACUAUGACAGCCAAGGCAUCGUGUUCAGACACACCACAGAUAACAUUAUGAAGUACCUUCAGUCUGAAGCAAGAGAGAAGAAACAGACAGCUUUCCAGAAAGGCUGGAAGAUUACUAUAAUCAAGGGUAUUCCUCAGCAGAAAAACGACAGCGACUGUGGGGUAUUCGUCCUUGAGUACUGCCGUCGCCUCUCCGUGAAGCAGCCGCUGCUCUUCAGUCAGGACGACAUGCCUCGCAUUCGCAAGAGAAUCUACAAGGAGCUGUGCGACCGUCGUCUCAACGACUGAACGACCGAUUAUCGGCCGCCUUCGCUCACUGACUCGCUCGCCUGGUUACACGCGAUGGUCUGUCCGAGUGUGUCAGAUGGCCUUUUUCACUGACGGCCAGUUACAUAAGCUAACACAACCUGGCCAUCUGUUUUCCAGGGAGCCCUAACUGCCCAUCUGCCUGCCCGACUGAAAGCUGAGCGGCUGCCUUUUGGGACUUUCGGUCACUUUUGGAGUUCAAUUACAGUCUUGUAGCUCAGAUUUGUUUUUUAGAUUCGCUAAUUUUCAAGAACUACUGAUGUGGCGCCCUACUGACCUGUACACUUAGGGUUGUUUCAGCUUUCUACAGCUACCACCUUCAGAGGAUUUUGUUUCCGAGACCCCUCCCUUUAAAGAAGCAACUGAACACUUAAUGUUGACUGAAGAAACAAGUGUUACAUCAGCCUGGACCAAUAGGAAGGACCUUUAAUCCUACAUGGAGUGGCCUUAAUGCUAGAUGGCCAUUUUAAACUGAAUGACAGUUUUAACCAUUUGUUUUACGCUGGACCCCCCAGCAGCGUCACACUCGCAGUCACGUGCAUGUUCUACAACAUGUUAAUAAAGCUAACGUAUGAGUGACAGUGGACCAGACGUUCACUUAAAACUUGAAGGUUGGAGCUGGUUUCGUUCUCUUGGACUAGACGAGAUAUUUGCACGGUUAGAGGCCAACGAAGUCUAGAAUUUCAACUGAAUGUACCAUCCAUGUUUUCUUCUUUGCACCACAUGGGUUAAUGGCUUGAAACAGGGAGAGUUUAGUUUUUAGUUGUUUUUUUCGAGUAAAGUUUCAGGUUUUUGAGACUUUAUCCCAGCUGAUACCUUAAUGAAAUUCCAGGUUUUGAAUCAUGUUAUCUUUUUAGUUUGACCCCUGUUUUUUCUAUGACCUUAGGGUAAGUUAGUUUCAAACUGGACUUUUCCAGACGUUUUUGCAAAAAUAAAUCGUGUCUUCAAACUAUAUCGUUUUC